UGGGGGAGAGAGACUGGAGGAGGUGUGAGGGGAUAGUCACUAGAGCAGGUAGUGGGGCAGAAAGAUGAGAGGAGCCUGGAGAUUUCAUCCUCAGUUUUGGGCUCAUAAACUGAUGAAGAGGAAGUGUGGCUGUGAAUGGGAUCAGAACUUUUGGGGGACUGGGAGAGGAUUUUGUUACGAAUGUCAUCAAUUUUAGUUUUAAAGUAUGUGUCCAGGUCUUCAGCACAGAGAUCAGUGAUUGGUGUCUGCACUUUUGGCCUAAGGAGAGAGUUCAAUGUGUUGAAAAGUCGUUUUGGGUUGUUGGACAGAGAGGAGACGAUGGAGGUGAAAUAAAAUGAAGAGCAGAGUUAUAGGAGUUUAGCCUGAAUUUAUAGUCCAGAUAGAUGAAGUCUUAUCCUCGGCAGAAUUCUGCCUCAAAUGAAAUUCUAUGCUUGUGUGUGAGAGAGUCAGGAAGCUGUGAAAAGCCAAAAGAGGACGUUAAAGAUAGAAGCCGAGAGGCAGAUGAGGAGAUUGGGGUCAAUGGGGAUAUUAAAAUCGCCCAUGAAGAGUGUAGGUGUUUCUGAGGAAAGGAGGUGAGGAGCCAGGUAGCAAAAUGAUCAAGAAACAGUUUAGGUGAACUAGGAGGAUGAAAGAUAACUACGAGAGAAAAUGGGCGGAAGAGUCAGAGGGUGUGGACCUCAAAUGAGGGAAAUAUGAGUGAGGGUAAAUGAGGAAUAACCUGGAAAAUUGUGGGGAGAGAAGCACCCCGACUGGGGUCAGAUGUGGGAGUAUGGGAAAAGUGAAGGUCACCAUAAGAUAGAGCAGAGGGGGAAGAAGGGGAGAAAGAAGUCACUAGGUCAGAAUACAGGAUGUGAGGAGGAAAGAGAAACCAUAGAGAUCGGAUAUCACCGGAAUCACCGAGCGCAGAAUAAAGAACCAUCAGAUUUACCUCAGAAACCACAAGAAACGGUUUCUCCAAUCCAGGAUCCUCUGCUGAUAUCUUCUAUAUAAGAGAAUUCUCCUGGAUGACCCAUCAACCAUGGAGAGAGACAGGAACAAGAUGGCCGACAGGAUCAUAAACCUCACCCUACAGAUACUCUUCCGGCUUACUGGAGAGGAUUACACAGUAGUGAAGAAGUCCUCUAGUGGGCGCUGUCGGGCCCCUGUGUGUGAAGGAUGGGGAAGAACCCUGAGCCCAAUCCCGGGGCCCCCAACUCACUCCCUGAUACAUGAGGAAAUGGAUGAACAGAAGAUCAGAGAACUCAUCAACAAGAUGAUGGAGCUGCUGACUGGAGAGGUUCCUAUAAGGUGUCAGGACGUGGCGGUCUAUUUCUCCAUGGCGGAGUGGGAGUAUGUAGAAGGACACAAGGAUCAGUACAAGGAUCAGGUCAUGAUGGAGGAUCAGCAGCCCCUCACAUCACCAGUCAGAUCCAGUAAGAGAACAGCACCAGAGAGGUGUCCCCAUCCUCUUCUUCCACAGGAUGAUCAGGGUGAAGAUCCGAACAAUAUUAAUGCUCCAGAGACAGAUAUGAGCAGUGAUGAGCAGUAUAAGGAGGACAUUCCUACAGAGAAAGAUCUGUUCUAUAUUAAUGCUACAGACAUAAAGGAAGAAGAAGAAGAGACAGAUGUGAGCAGUGAUGAGCUGUAUAAGGAGGACAUUUCUACAGAGAAAGAUCUGAUCUAUAUUAAUGCUACAGACAUAAAGGAAGAGGAAGAGACAGAUGUGAGCAGUGAUGAGCAGUAUAUGGAGGAAAUUCCUACAGGGAAAAAUCUGAUCUAUUUUAAUGCUACAGACAUAAAGGAAGAAGAAGAAACAGAUUUGAGCAGUGAUGAGCAGUAUGAGAAGGACAUUCCUACAGGUUUCCGCCCAGAUAAUUGUACCAGGAGAUCAGAGGAGAAUCUUAUAUCUUCAGAUUAUAAAGCAGAUGAUGAUAUCACACAAGAUACAUAUGAAGAACAUUCCAUUAUCCCAGAUACACCCUCAGCCCUUCACAGCCAAGAUCUGUCAUCUCAUCCUUAUAUACAGGUCCUGUCUUCUCAUUCAUCACAGGAUGUUCAGAAAAAAAAAGGUCACAAAAGGAGUGUUGGACAUCAACGAGCUCAUACAGGAAAGAAACCAUUUUCAUGCUCAGAAUGUGGGAAAUGUUUUACUUUUAAAUCAUUUCUUGUGGUACAUCAACGAGCUCAUACAGGAAAGAAACCAUAUUCAUGUUCAGAAUGUGAAAAAUGUUUUACUCAGCAAUCAAAUCUUUUCAAACAUCACAGAACUCACACAGGGGAGAAGCCAUUUUCAUGUUCAGAAUGUGGGAAAUGUUUUACUCACAAAUCACAUCUUGUUUUACAUCAAAGAACUCACACAGGGGAGAAGCCAUUUUCAUGUUCAGAAUGUGGGAAAUGUUUUUCUGACAAAUCAAGUUUUGUUCAACAUGAAAGAACUCACACAGGGGAGAAGCCAUUUUCAUGUUCAGAAUGUGGGAAAUGUUUUACUGAGAAAUCACACCUUGUUAAACAUAAAAGAACUCACACAGGGGAGAAGCCAUUUUCAUGUUCAGAAUGUGGGAAAUGUUUUACUCAGAAAUCAAAUCUUGUUAAACAUAAAAUAACUCACACAGGGGAGAAACCAUUUUCAUGUGCAGAAUGUGGGAAAUGUUUCACUCAGAAAUCAAGUCUUGUUAAACAUAAAAGAACUCACACAGGAGAGAAGCCAGUUCAGAGCAGUAAGGGACUUAAUUCUGACAUUAAAGACGUCCUUGCUGCACGUGAUCUGCCUACCACCCUGAGUGACCUCAUCUUGCUAUCUACAAGGAUUGACAAACGUUUCUCUGAAAGACAAGAGGAAAUCCAUCUUGAAAAGGAAAAAGCUCUUCCUAAACGCUGCCCUCGUCUGACUCCAGUGUUCCAGCGUCCAUCUCUACCUGUCUCUGGGUCUUCCGCUGUGGAGGCCAUGCAGGUGGACCGGUCUCGCCUGACCCCGCAAGAAUGGAGCCGUCGUAGAGAUGAGAAUCUGUUGGCUCCUCUUGUGGCUCUAACUAAAAAGGGUGCCAAUCCAAAGUCCUGGCCUCCUCACGCUGAAGAGGCUUUUCAGUCCCUGAAAGCCGCCUUUGCAUCUGCACCUGUUCUCUCCUGGCCAGAUCCCUCCAAGCCAUUUUAUCUUGAAGUGGAUGCGUCCUCGUUUCCCUACCUCAGUUGGGUAGUGUUUUAUGACUUCGACGUUUACCAUGUGAUCGUUGGUGGGAUCAUAGGUGAAUGGAUCCGCAUCACACUGGGAAUUAUUGUCCCGGAAUGUUAUGGAAUUGUCCAGAAAUGGGGCAGAAAGCCAAUCUGGUCUCCAGGGUUGGUACGACACUAUGUUGGGAGUUUGAAUCCUGAUGUGGAUGUUGUCCCUCCAGGUACCCACGUUAUGGACCCUUCUCAUCUGGAACACGUUGUUUUUGGGAAAAAUCUGAUUUAUAUUAAAGCUACAGACAUAAAGGAAGAAGAAGAGACAGAUGUGAGCGGUGAUGAGCAGUAUAAGGAGGACAUUCCUACAGGUAACCACCCAGAUUCUUGUACCAGGAGAUCAGAGGAGAAUCUUAUAUCUUCAGAUUAUAAAGCAGAUGAUGAUAUCACACAAGAUACAUAUGAAGAACAUUCCAUUAUCCCAGAUACACCCUCAGCCCUUCACAGCCAAGAUCUGUCAUCUCAUCCUUAUAUACAGGUCCUGUCUUCUCAGUCAUCACAGGAUGUUAAGGAGAAAAGUUACAGAAGGGAUGUUAAACAUAAAAGAGCUCAAAGAGGAAAGAAUCCAUAUUCAUGCUCAGAAUAUGGGAAAUCUUUAAUGAAGAAAUCAAGUCUUGUUGAACAUCAGAAAAUUCACACAGGCGAGAAACCAUUUUUAUGUUCAAAAUGUGGUAAAUGUUUUAUUCAGAAAUCAGUUCUUGUUCAACAUCAAAGAACUCACACAGUGGAGAAGCCAUUUUCAUGUUCAGAAUGUGGGAACAAUUUUACUGGCAAAUCAGAUCUUCUUAAACAUCAGAAAAUUCACAUAGGAGAGAAGCCAUUUUCAUGUUCAGAAUGUGGAAAAUGUUUUACUGAAAAAUCAAGUCUUGUUCUACAUCAAAGAACUCACACAGGGGAGAAGCCAUUUUCAUGCUCAGAAUGUGGGAAAUGUUUUACUUUUAAAUUACAUCUUCUUGUACAUCAAAGAACUCACACAGGGGAGAAGCCAUUUUCAUGCUCAGAAUGUGGGAAAUGUUUUACUUGCAAAGGAGAUGUUACUCGACAUCAAAGAAAUCACACAGGAGGGAAACUAUUUUCAUGUUCAGAAUGUGGGAAUUGUUUUACUGGCAAAUUAGAUGUUACUCAACAUCAAAGACUUCACACAGGGGAGAAGCCAUUUUCAUGUUCAGAAUGUGGGAAAUGUUUUACUUGCAAAUCAGAUCUUCUUAAACAUCAGAAAAUUCACACAGGAGAGAAGCUAUUUUCAUGCUCAGAAUGUGGGAAAUGUUUUACUGAGAAAUCAAAACUCGUUAGACAUCAAAGAACUCACACAGGGGAGAAGCCAUUUUCAUGUCCAGAAUGUGGAAAAUGUUUUACUCAGCAAUCACAUCUUGUUGCACAUCAAAGAACUCACACAGGGGAGAUGCCAUUUACAUGCUUGAAAUGUGGGAAAUGUUUUACUUGCAAUGGAGAUGUUACUCGACAUCAAAGAACUCACACAGGGGAGAAACCAUUUUCAUGUUUAGAAUGUGGGAAAUGUUUUACUUGCAAAUCAGAUGUUACUCGACAUCAAAGAACUCACACAGGGGAGAAGCCAUUUUCGUGUUCAGAAUGUGGGAAAUGUUUUACUUGCAAAUCAGAUCUUCUUAAACAUCAGAAAAUUCACACAGGAGAGAAGCCAUUUUCAUGUUCAGAAUGUGGGAAAUGUUUUACUAAGAAAUCAAAUCUUGUCAGACAUCAAAUAACUCACACAGGGGAGAAGCCAUUUUCAUGUGCAGAAUGUGGGAAAUGUUUUACUCAGCAAUCACAUCUUGUUAAACAUAAAAGAACUCACACAGUAGAGAAGCCAAUUUAGAGCAAUAAAUGAUGCAGAUAACAAAUUUAUAUAUUAACCCUGUACAUAGGAUAUCUGAGGUUUAUACAUUUAUAUCAUAUACAAUACAGAAA